CCAGCUUUGACAUGGCUCAGCUGACCAGUGGCUUCUGUUCCUCUUUUGGCUUCAUCUGCUGCCUCUUCUUCCUUCCAGCUUCUUGGGAGGCAGGUGCCAACACAUUUCAAGAACUUCAGAAGACUGUUGAACCUUCAACAUCUGACCAUUUACUCACCCUUACUCCAAGCCUUACUCACAGGUCUCCUUCUGCCCAUGCUGACCUAGACCCAGGACAACGACCUCCAGGACACCCUAAGUCUACAGCAACCCAGAAGCCCAAAAAGCCAUGCAACCCCGUACACUUUGCCAAACCAGUUCAUAAACCUAUAGACAAUUCCAAAGCCACAGAUAACCAAAAUGCUACUGCCCAUCAUGAAAUGACUCUUGGUAUGGAAAAGAAUGCCACCAGCCAAAGAGAAGACCCAAUGAUCAGGAAUGGACGUUCAGCCAAUGACCCCAAACCCACUAACACAGAGAAAGCAUCAGAGGGAAGUCAUUCAACCUCAGCACCCAAGGGAAGAACAACUUGUAAGUCCACAAGUAAAACCAGAGUAACAAGGAACUCAGGUACACUGGCAAGAACUGUGGACAUGAGCACUAGGCGAAUGACCACCUCACACAAAUCUACAACACACUCACGCAAAUCUACAACUCCUUCCCACGACUCAGAGCUCAGUAGAAAAACUACAUCUUCCUCAGGAAAAUUCUCAGAAGCUCCAAGGAUCUCAUACAGGACUCCAAGGACCCCAGCAACAUCAGGAGCUGAAGAACACCGGACUCCAUUUGCCUCAGAUGAGCCUGUCCAAAUGACUACAGAACACAUCAAAGGGACCACAUCAGCUAGUGACAAGACCACAAGAGCCCAAGUGACUACAGCAGAGCACGAGGGAGAGAAUAUAUCAACCAAUGAGAGGACCACAAGAUCCCAUGCAUCAUCCACUGAGUCUGAAAGAGAGACUCCAUCAGCCAGUGAGAGGACCACAAGAUCCCAAGCAGCAUCCACUCCAUAUGAAAGAGAGACUCCAUCAGCCAGUGAGAGGACCACAAGAUCCCAAGCAGCAUCCACUGAGUCUGAAAGAGAGACUCCAUCAGCCAGUGAGAGGACCACAAGAACCCAAGCAGCAUCCACUCCAUAUGAAAGAGAGACCCCAUCAGCCAGUGAGAGGACCACAAGAUCCCAAGCAGCAUCCACUCCAUAUGAAAGAGAGACCCCAUCAGCCAGUGAGAGGACCACAAGAUCCCAAGCAGCAUCCACUGAGUCUGAAAGAGAGACUCCAUCAGCCGGUGAGAGGACCACAAGAUCCCAAGCAGCAUCCACUCCAUAUGAAAGAGAGACUCCAUCAGCCAGUGAGAGGACCACAAGAUCCCAAGCAGCAUCCACUCCAUAUGAAAGAGAGACCCCAUCAGCCAGUGAGAGGACCACAAGAUCCCAAGCAGCAUCCACUGAGUCUGAAAGAGAGACUCCAUCAGCCGGUGAGAGGACCACAAGAUCCCAAGCAGCAUCCACUCCAUAUGAAAGAGAGACUCCAUCAGCCAGUGAGAGGACCACAAGAUCACAAGCAACAUCCACUCCAUAUGAAAGAGAGACUCCAUCAGCCAGUGAGAGGACCACAAGAUACCAAGCAGCAUCCACAGAGCGUGAAGGAGAAACCAUAUCAGGUAAUGGGUGGACCACAGGAUCCCAAGUGAUGCCUAUAGAACAUGAUACCACACCAGCCAAUGAAAAGACUACACAAGUCUCAGCAAAGUCUACAGAACACCCAGAAGAAGCCACAUCAACCACCCAGGAAGCCACACAAGUCUCAGAAAGUCCCACAGUAUUCUGGAGAAAAACCACACUGGCCACUAAGACCAUAAGAGCUACAAGAAACCCAGAGAAAACAGUAGCAGUCUUCAAGACCACCAGACCUGCAGUCAGGGCCACAGAGGAUAAGUCUACUGCUCUCUCUCCUCAUUUCCAUAAAACUGAGACCACACACGAGGGAUUAAUUGGCUCUGUGACAACUAGAAGGGACCUGGGCACCACCACUUCAGAAGCUCAUCACCCACAGCAGAAUAACCACAACUCAGGCCUCCACACAGCUGGGUCGAGCAGGGAGAGCAACUCAUUCCCUGCAUGGGCCAUAGUUAUUGUUAUCCUCAUGGCAGUGAUUGUCCUGCUGAUUUCCAUUGGCCUGAUCGUUUUGGUCGCCUGUGCAUCAAGACCACGCCGAGUACUGGCCCAGAACUCUGAGGAUUCCGACCCUGAGGAGAGAGGGGGCCGCAAUUCUUACCCCGUCUAUCUGAUGGAGCAGCAGAACCUGAAACCAAACCAGAUCCCUUCCCCUCCGUGAUCUGGAGACCUAUAUCCCCUGCUCUUCCGGGUUUCUUCCCUUUCCCGGAAGAUGAAUUGGACUUACGGCUCCAACUUCCUGGACUUAGAAAGGGCAGCAAAAACUGACAGUAACAGCUGCAACCCCUGUCAGCCAUGUUCUUAACUGACUAGCUGAGGAUCGAGGU